CCCGCCCCUUCCUGGGCGGCUCCGCGCGGCCAUGGCGGGCACUGACAGCCAGGUGGGCGCUGGAGAAGAGAAGAAAGCAGACUGCGGGAAGAAGAAGAUGAAGGAAGGGGCUGGCGAUGGAGGGCGGUCGGAGCUGAAUCCCUGGCCUGCAUUUAUCAAUGAGCGUUUAGAGAUGUACAAUAAACUUAAGGCUGAACACGAUGCACUCCUUGCAGAAAGAGCUGCAAAUGACAGUAAACCCAUUAAAGUUACAUUACCUGAUGGCAAGCAGGUUGAUGCUGAAUCUUGGAAGACUACUCCUUAUCAAAUCGCUUGUGGGAUCAGUCAGGGAUUAGCUGACAACACGGUUAUUGCCAAAGUGAACAAGGUGGUUUGGGAUCUGGAUCGUCCUUUGGAGGAGGACUGUUCCUUGGAGCUGCUUAAAUUUGAAGAUGAAGAGGCUCAAGCAGUCUACUGGCACUCAAGUGCUCACAUAAUGGGUGAAGCUAUGGAACGAAUCUAUGGUGGCUGUUUGUGCUAUGGCCCACCAAUAGAAAAUGGAUUUUAUUAUGACAUGUUUCUUGAGGAAGGGGGUGUAUCAAGCAAUGACUUCUCUGCUUUGGAAACAUUAUGCAAAAAGAUAAUGAAGGAAAAGCAAGCCUUUGAAAGACUGGAAGUUAAGAAGGAAACACUGCUUGAAAUGUUUAAGUAUAAUAAAUUCAAGUGUCGCAUUCUGAAUGAGAAGGUCAAUACCCCAACUACUACAGUAUACAGGUGUGGUCCCCUGAUAGAUUUAUGCAGAGGUCCUCAUGUCAGACAUACUGGCAAGAUAAAGACCAUAAAAAUUCAUAAGAAUUCUUCUACCUAUUGGGAAGGCAAGGCCGAUAUGGAAUCCCUCCAGAGGAUCUAUGGAAUUUCAUUUCCAGAUACAAAAAUGCUGAAGGAGUGGGAGAAAUUCCAGGAGGAGGCUAAAAGCAGAGAUCACAGAAAAAUUGGGCGGGACCAAGAACUGUUUUUCUUCCAUGAGCUCAGCCCUGGUAGCUGUUUUUUCAUGCCGAAGGGAGCUUAUAUUUAUAACACAUUAAUUGAAUUUAUACGGAGUGAGUAUCGAAAACGUGGAUUCCAGGAAGUUGUCACUCCAAAUGUUUUCAACAGCAAACUGUGGAUGACUUCAGGGCACUGGCAGCAUUACAGUGAGAAUAUGUUUUCCUUUGAAGUGGAGAAAGAAAUCUUUGCUCUGAAGCCUAUGAACUGCCCAGGACACUGCCUUAUGUUUGACCAUCGCCCGAGGUCGUGGCGUGAGCUGCCUUUGCGGUUGGCAGAUUUUGGUGUCCUGCAUCGCAACGAACUGUCAGGAGCUCUCACAGGACUCACCCGAGUACGCCGGUUCCAGCAGGAUGAUGCUCACAUCUUCUGUGCUAUGGAGCAGAUUGAAGAGGAGAUAAAAAGCUGUCUGGAGUUCUUGCGUACUGUGUAUGAUGUCUUUGGAUUUUCAUUUAAACUGAAUCUCUCCACUCGUCCUGAAAAGUACCUGGGAGAUAUUGAAGUGUGGAAUCAAGCUGAAAAGCAACUUGAAAACAGCCUCAAUGCCUUUGGUGAGAAGUGGGAGUUAAACCCUGGUGAUGGAGCUUUCUAUGGACCUAAGAUUGACAUUCAGAUUAAGGAUGCCAUUGGCCGCUACCACCAAUGUGCUACAAUUCAGCUUGACUUCCAGUUGCCAGUCAGAUUUAACCUCACCUUUGUCAGCCACGAUGGCAAUGACAAGACAAGACCAGUUAUCAUUCACCGGGCUAUCUUGGGAUCUGUGGAGAGAAUGAUUGCCAUUCUAACUGAGAACUAUGGAGGCAAAUGGCCACUCUGGCUGUCCCCACAGCAAGUAAUGGUGGUACCAGUAGGACCAGCGUGUGAUGAGUAUGCCCAAAAGGUCAGGCAGCAGUUUCAUGAUGCUGGAUUUAUGGCAGAUGUUGAUGUAGAUCCUGGGUGCACACUGAACAAGAAGAUAAGAAACGCUCAGCUUGCACAGUAUAACUUUAUUCUGGUUGUUGGCGAAAAGGAGAAGGCAGGGGGAACAGUGAAUAUCCGCACCCGAGACAACAAAGUGCACGGGGAAAGAACCAUUGCAGACACGGUGGAGAGGCUGCUGCAGCUGAAAUGCUCUCGUUCCAGACAAGCUGAAGAAGAAUUUUAACACCAUCUGCUCUACCUGGCAUACAGAGAAUUUGUAGUUUUCCUAAUUUAGUUAACCAGAGUUUUUGUUCUGAGCCAGAUUUGAAGUAUAUUUCACAUUUGGACCUCUUGCUUAUUUUAAUGGGGAUCUUUCUCUAGUCAAAAAUGCCUCUUUUUAUAUAAAAAAAAAUCAAGUUUUUCAAAAAACUCUGAAGUAAAGUUUCCUGGCUUUUAACCAAUGAGAUGUGAAGCAA